ACGCCGCUACGUGUUGAAAUAAUCACGAAAAAAUGUGCUAGUCAAUGCUAAAAUGUAAUUAAAAUAUUUCAAGCACUGUACACAAAAGCGUUCAAAUGAAUGCAUAACAAAUUACGUGCUUUAAACAUCGCCUGUUGUUUAUGAACAUGGUCUGAAAUCUAGCAAGGCGUAAAACAUUUCCGAUGCCAAAUAUAUGCGCGCUGUCACUUUGUGGGACAGCCAUUUUGUUUCGCGUUACACACACAUGCACAUUUAAAAUUCACCACCAACUCUGCAUUGCCACCACCAAUGUGUGUGAAAGGUGCAGCUAGUCUUAUGUGAGCGCGUGCUUGCGUGUGUAUGUGUCUGUAUUCGCAUUUUGAGUAAUUUCGAAAAUUUUUGUAUAUUUGAUGGCGACAACGACAUCGACGGCUGCUUUACUCACAAGAAACGCGCGUUUGUCGAAAAUUGUAGCGCGUACGUAUAUAGUUACGCUUAGCAAUUGUGUAGAAUUUUUUUCCUGUUGUAUUUUUUGAAACACAUGCAACAAAAAUCAAUUAUUUUAAACCACCAACAACAAAUUACAUUAAAUCCCAUUUUUGAAAACAUAACGCGCAACAACUGCAGCAGUAAUGAAAUAUUGUGGGAUAUAAAUUCUUUUGGAAAUUCAAUUCAACUAUAACAUCAUCGACAACAAACAAAAACAGCCUUCAUUUAUAUUGGUACCACUACAACUCUUUUUUUUAAAUAAAAAAAAAUAUAUAUUAAUAAAAACAACAACGUAGCUAAAGUACGGAUUUAACAGCAGCAGCAGCAAAAAACAACAAUAAAUAUAUCGCUGCUGGAAACAAACAAAUGACCAAUAAAAGAAGAAGCAACACCAGCUCGUGCCACAACAACACUAUAACUCAUCAACUAUAACUGAGAGAGAGACUAUUAAGUACUAUUAGCUAACAGCAGAAUUACCAACAACUACAGCUGCAAAACUAACAACUUCCAAUACAAAAAACAACAAAAAAAUAAUAAAUAAAUAUAAUUAAAUAACACUGUGCUUUUUAACAAAAUAAAAAUGCACAGACAACUCCGGCAAAGUGCAACUGCUGAGAACCAUUGAAACCACCAUAUACGGAAGCACACGCCACGCCAGUGAGACGGCACGUGGUGCUUGUACUUUUGUUACAGUUACCUAAAUUUGCUGAGUAUGCAUACGGCGUUGAAACGGAAACAAAACCCAGCAGCACCCACAAGAUCAGCAGCAAUAACAAUAAUAAUAAGGAUCGCAAGAACACCAAUAUUAACAACAACAUCAAUAACAAGGAUAACAAGAUCAAUAACAGCAGCAUUGAGAGGAGUUAGAGGAGAAGUUGCAGCCGCAGUAAGAGGGUGUGGUGAAAAUUUAGUCAAAUCAGUCCCCCAAAUAAAAUUGGGUGGUUGUGGUAGUCACAGAAGUAGACACAACAGUAGGCACAAUCGCAGCCACAGGAGCAAUUCGACUAGUUGCAGACACAGCAAGUUAACAAAAAUAUUGCUGCUCUGAGCACAGUCGAAAGCGCAGGAAAGCGAGGACGAGACGGCCCCGGGGAUUGUGUGUGUCGGCCGUCUCUGUCUGUCAGCUUAACUAAAGGAGAGCGCUUCAUUAUCAACAUCAUCAUCAUUAUUCAUACGAGGUAUUUGGCAGCAGUAGUAUCAGCGACCACAAGUUAAUAACCACAAACGGAGGCAACAGCAGAGGAAGUAGUAGGAGGAGCAGAAGCAGCAGCAUGUCGUCCAACGACCCACCGCCACGGCAUGAGCCCAUUGUGGAGCCUAUCAAUGGUAUUGUGCAGCCUCCGGUGGUACCACCACCGGAGCGACCCGGUCGCAAUACAAAUCAAUUGCAAUAUUUGAUCAAAACCGUCAUGAAGGUCAUUUGGAAACAUAAUUUCUCUUGGCCAUUUCAACAGCCUGUGGAUGCGAAAAAAUUAAACCUGCCCGACUAUCAUAAGAUAAUUAAACAUCCCAUGGAUAUGGGCACGAUAAAGAAACGGCUGGAAAAUAAUUAUUAUUGGUCGGCCAAGGAAGCCAUACAUGAUUUCAAUACAAUGUUUAGUAAUUGCUAUGUGUAUAACAAACCAGGCGAAGAUGUUGUUGUUAUGGCGCAAACACUUGAAAAAGUUUUUCUCCAGAAGAUUGAAUCAAUGCCCAAGGAGGAGCUUGAACUGGAGCCAGUCACAGCGAAGGGUGGACGUAAAAAGCAACGAGCACCAGCCACACCAAAAGCACAGAGCGCCACAAGUCUUGGAGUCGCGAGUGCUGGUGCUGCUGGUGGUAGUGCAGUGGCCAGCAGCACUCCAGGAUCGGCAACCACUAAGGCGGCACAAUCCUCACAGUUGCCCGUCAUGAAUGCUGCACAUUUAGCCGCUUCAGCGGCGGCCGGAUCACGACCUCUCUCAGCCAUGGGCGGCACGGUUUCAUCAACGGCCGGCGGUGGCGGCACAGGCGGCGGUGCACCGUCCAUACCACCGAUUAGCACAAUGCCACCACAUACGGUGCCGGGAAGCACAAAUACAACGACCACGGCCAUUGGUGCCGGCGCAGCGGGUGGGGCUGGCGGCGGUACUGCAGAAACUAAUGUAAAUGCCGUCGCUGCAGCUCUAAAGGCAGCAGCUGGUGUUGGGAGUGUAACAGCAACAGCAGCAGCAGCGGCGGCCGCCUUCGCGGCCACCUUAACGCAGGCGGGUUAUGGCGCAGGCGCACAGACGGCAUCGCUGCUCGAUGGUAACGCUAGUGCUGCGGCAGCAGCAGCCGGCGCCACUGGAGCGGGUACGGGCGUGACAAUACCAUCGGCUGCCGUGAAUUCCGCCAACGCGGUGCAGGCCUAUGUGAAUAGUACGGCGGGUGUGGGAGUUGAUGCGGUAAUACCGCCUCAGCAGCCGGCCAAAAUGAAGAAGGGCGUUAAACGGAAGGCGGACACCACAACUCCAACGGCGAAUGCAUUUGAAUCGCCCUAUGCGCAAAUGGACUCAAAAUCGGCCAAGAUAGCGACGCGGCGGGAAUCCAAUCGUCAGGAUCUUACAUUCCAGGGCUCGGGUUACCCCAUGUCACCUUUGGGCGCUGCCGGUGUUGCUGGCUUAGUUGCCGGCGGCGCUGUAGGCGUGGCUGGCGCCAAGUCCAAGGAGAAACUCUCCGACGCACUGAAAUCAUGCAAUGAAAUCCUCAAGGAGCUCUUCUCCAAGAAGCACUCCGGCUAUGCCUGGCCUUUCUACAAGCCAGUGGAUGCCGAACUGCUUGGCCUGCACGACUAUCACGACAUUAUCAAGAAACCCAUGGAUUUGGGUACUGUGAAGCGGAAAAUGGACAAUCGCGAAUAUAAAAGUGCGCCGGAGUUUGCGGCCGAUGUGCGAUUAAUAUUCACCAAUUGCUAUAAAUACAAUCCGCCAGAUCAUGAUGUUGUUGCCAUGGGUCGCAAAUUGCAAGACGUUUUUGAGAUGCGCUACGCCAAUAUACCCGAUGAGCCAGCAACUAAUGCGGCCCACCAUCACGGCUACACGAGCACUUCUAAGCACGAUGCCAGCGAUUCAUCUACCGAGGAUUCCAGCGAUACAGAGAACGAGUCAAAUUCGGAUGAGGAGCGUAGUGCCAAACUGAAAAUGCUCGAAUCGAAGUUGUUGGGUUUGCAGGAGGAGAUACGGAAACUGGUCGAGGAGGCCUCAGCCAAAAAGAAGGCCAAGAAGAAACUCAAGGAGAAGAAAAAGAGCAUCGGUGGUAGCGGUGGUGGUCAUCAUGCGCACGCAACAGGCGCCGGCGGAGCUGGUGGUGGUCAUGGUAAUGUUUCAGUUACUGGUGGCGUUGCAGCGUUGGCGGGAAGUGGGCCAGCCGGCGCCAAUUUAUCGGCCCUGCUUAACAAUUCGCUGGUGGGACCAGGUGGUGCCGGCGGUGGAACAGGGGUGCCUGCAGCCGCUGCGCUACAUGCACACGAUAUGGCGAUGGUCAUGAGCCAGCUGACGGGUGGUGCUGCCGCUGCUGGUGCGGGAGUGACUGCUGGUGGCAAAGCAGGCGCUCUGGCUGGCGCAUUGGCGGCUGGAGCGGCGGCGGGCGCAGGUGGUACCGGUGGCGGUGGUGGCAGCAGUAAAGGUGCUAAAGUCAAAGGUCAGCGUGGCACAAAGGGUGCUACUGGCGUUGGCGCGGGUGGUGCGGCGGCCGGUGUGGGCGCUGGUUCUGGAGCAGGUGCAACUGGUGUCGGUGCGAGCGCUGGUGGUGCAGGUGGAGCUGGCGGCGGUGCUGCGGGCGGUGCAUCCAAACGCGCCAAAAGCGGUAGCGGUGCCGGCGGCGGUGGUGCGGGUGCUGGUGCUGGUGGUGCGGGUGCACGCGGCAGCAGUAAAAAGAAACCCAGCCAGGUGAUGAACUUCGACUCCGAAGAGGAGGAUACCGCCAAGCCUAUGUCGUACGAUGAGAAGCGCCAAUUAUCAUUGGACAUCAACAAGCUGCCAGGUGACAAAUUGGGCCGUGUGGUGCACAUCAUACAGAACCGUGAGCCAUCGCUGCGGGAUUCGAAUCCGGAUGAGAUUGAAAUUGAUUUCGAGACACUGAAGCCGUCGACGCUGCGCGAGCUUGAAAGCUAUGUGGCGUCGUGUUUACGCAAAAAAACACAUAAAAAGCCUUCCGGGAAAUCAAAGGAUGAACAGAUGGCCGAAAAGAAACAAGAGCUGGAGAAACGGUUACUAGACGUGACUGGUCAGCUAGGUGCGAGCAAGAAAACAGCAAAGAAAGAUGAAUCGACAUCAAAUAAAGUUGAAGCUGUACAGCCAGCGAAUCGUUUGUCAUCAAGUUCAAGUUCCAGCGAUUCAUCGUCCUCGAGUUCGAGUGAUAGCAGUUCAAGUGACUCGAGCGACAGUGAAGCAGGUGAUGAACGGCCACCACGCAAGAAAAAAUCACGUGAUUCAAAUGGAAGCAAUGUAAAUAAUCCAAGCCUGAGCGGCGCUCUAGCCGGCAAUCUGCCAGCCGGUGCCAUACCACCGACCCUUCCACACACGACGCUGCCAAAUGUGCUGACCACAGGGGCACCGGCAACGACACCUACAUCACAAAUGAUGUCCAUUGCGGCGGCCGCUCAUGCAGCAAACCUUCUGGGCAGUGGUAAUCCAUUAGCGGCCAUACUGAACAAUAACAAUAAGAGCGGGCCGGGCAACUUUGGGGCGCCAGCGACGGGCAUGAUGCACGGUCAUAAGAAUGGACCAAAUGAUCAGGUGGCCGGAGGCAAAGCGCCUGGCACGACGCCGCUGCCGUCGCACGGCUUCUCAGGUGGCGCAGCAACGCAGACGACUAGCAGUGUAGGUGGAAUACGCAUAGCCAGCAAUCUGCACAAGCAGCCGCCCAGUAUGGCGGCAGGUGCUGGGGCCGGUGAUCUGAGCGAGCAUCAUGCAGCGCUAACGGCUGCGCUGUCGUCGAGCGUUAAUAGUGGCAGUGGCAAUACAAGCGGCGGUAGCGGCGUCUGCGUUGGUGGCAGUGUUGCCGGUCUCAAUAACACACACAACACAUCCCCACUCGACGGGGUUGGGGUAGGUGGGGGCGCGGGCAGUGAUCCUACAGUAUCGCUGGCCGCUGGCCUCAAACAAAUACCACAAUUCGAUGAUCCUGUUGAACAGUCACUGGCGUCCCUGGAAUACAAUGCAAACACGAGCAAAUCAUCGGCGCUUGCGGAUAAUUUUUUGAUGACUCAUCAGGCGCAUCUAAUGCAACAGCCCGGAGGCAAUAUGCAACAGCAGCAACAGUCACAACAGUUUGGACACCAGCAACAGCAGCAGCAGCAACAACAACAAAUGGACUUAGUGUCGGAGUUGUUGGCCAAGGAGAACGUGAGCGGCAUGAAUGGUAAUUUGUCCCUCCAUUCCUUGCCCUCCUCAAUGUUCAGUCUGGAUAUGGUCACUGCGUACCAGAAGCAGCAGCAGCAGCAACAACAUGGCCAGCAUCAACAAACGAACGCGCACAACAAUGGCUACAAUGUGUCCGAUUUUGGCUUUGAUAAUCUCAAUCUGGCUGCAGCGACAUCAUUCCUGGAUCAGUUGACGCCUGCCAUGGGUGUGAUGAUGGGUGGCAACAAUGGCGGCAAACUUAAGGAUAACACCAAUCUAUCGGCGAAUGAUCAGCAACAACAGAUGCAGCAGCAGCAACAACAAAUCCAGCAGCAACAGCAGCAAAUUCAAUCACAUUUGGCACAGCAGCAGCAACUUCAACAACAGCAACAACAACAGCAGCAGCAGCAUCAUCAUCAGCAGCAACAACAUCACGGCCAUCAGCAACAGCAGCAGCAACAACAACAACAGAGUGGUCAGCCCUCCAAUAAAAUGCUCAUCAUACCGAAACCAAUCGAGUCCAUGAUGCCUAGCCCGCCCGACAAGCAAAAAGUGCUGCCGCCACAGCAGUCGCCGUCUGAUCUGAAAAUGUAUAGUUGUGGUGGAGGCAGUGCGCCAAAUGCGCAAGGCAACUUUGCACAUGCUUUUAAAUCGGCCGAACAAAACCUAAAGAAUGCCAGCUCAUGGUCCUCGCUGGCCUCAAACUCACCGCAGAAUACGGCGGCUACGUCGAGCAAAGCGAAGCCGGCCAUGGACUCGUUUCAGCAGUUCCGCAAUAAAGCCAAAGAACGUGAUCGCCUCAAGCUCCUUGAGGCGGCCGAGAAGGAGAAGAAAUAUCUAAAGGAAGUGGCUGAAAAGGAACAGCAGCGCAAGCACCACAAAUCCUCAUCCUCGGUAGCGGCCGCUGCGGCCACAGCUGCAGCAGCUGCGAGCUCUGGGGGCGGCACUGGCAGCAAUAUCUCAUCGCAGGCUGCAACGCAAAGUGGAGAGCGGGAACGGGAGCGCAGCAGCAGCGGAGCGGAUGGUGGCGGACGUUCAUCAGGCAGUGGUGGUGGCAGCGGCGGUGGUGCUGUCGGUGGCAAUGGCAACAGCAACAACUCCAUCAACAGCAAUGGGCCCGGCAGUGUCGGCAGCGGUAAUGGCGCGAAUAGCGGUGGCAGCGCGAGCGGCGGUGGUGGCGGCAGUUUAGUCAACGUCAGCAGUAAUAGCAAUAGCGGUGGCGGCGCUGUCAGUGGUGGUGGCAUCGGCAGCGCCGCCAGCAGCAAUAGCAACAGUAGUGCAGGCGCCACCGUUGGCGGCGCAGGCUCCAAUAGUCAAGCAAGCAGUAGUGGAGGUGGUGGCAGCAACGCCUCUGGCAAUGGACACCAAGGCGGUCAUGCUCAUGCCAAGACUCACCAUGCUGCUGCAGCCGUGGUUGCAGCCACAGCGCAAGCGGCAGCAACGGCCUUAACGGCUGUCUCAAUGGGCGCCUCCCCAUUGGGCUCCAUGGAAAGUGGACGUAAAAGCGUGCAUGAUGCGCAGCCGCAAAUAUCGCGUGUCGAUGACAUUAAGGCUUCGCCGGGCCAGGGUCAAAGUUCGCCAGCGCAGCAAUCGCCGCAGGAUCGUGCGGCUGCAAAACGUGCGGAACAACGGCGUGCCGAACAGGAGCGUCGUCGUCGCGAGGCGCUGGCCGGCCAAAUCGAUAUGAACAUGCAGAGCGAUCUCAUGGCUGCCUUCGAGGAGACCCUGUAGGCAACGGCCACCAGGGCUGCUGCACGCACUGACGACAGAAGCGAGGGCAGCGGCAGCGGCGGCAGCAGCACCAGAACUUGCACCACAAAGUUACAACUUCGGCGCCGUCAACAUGGCAAGAAAAGUGUCUGGGAAUACCAAAAGAAAUGAUGAAAACAGCGCUUACAACACAACAACAAUUAAACAAGACAGCCAAACAAAAUAAUAUAUUAAUAUAUAUAUAAAAUAUAUACAAAAAAUAUAUUUAUAUAUAUAUACACAUAAAGGAAACCAACAGCAACAGCAACAACAACGACGACAAUUUAAAAUAAUUGUUAAACAUAAGCAAUGUUCUAAAGCGUAAAUACAUACGUACAUUAUUAGUGAGUUACUCAUAGAUAAUUGUAUGCAGGCAUGUAUGUAUGUACGUAUGCAUAUAUAUAUGCAUGCAUACAUCAUGCACACACACAAACACACACACACUUAUAAAUGUACCAAACUAAACAGACAGACAGAGCUGCUGGAAUUGUGGUGCCAAUUUGUAAUGCAAUCAUCGUUCGACAAGCGCAGCAGCAGCAACAACAACAAUAACAACAUCAAUAAAACAACAACAAUUCUAACAAAAAAGGCAUAUUUCCUUUGGUUUACAAUACAUUUUUUUUUGUUUUUUUUUUUAAAUAAUAAUAAUUAUGUUAUGAAUGCUUUUAAGAUAAGUCUUAAAUUGUAAUUGUAUUAAGGAUAAACUUUUUUUUAAUAUACUAUAAUUGUUAACUAAUUUAAAAAAAAAUCACUUACAGCAAAACAAA